AUGAACUAUGCCGAAGCAGCCGGUGGCUCAAGAGGGCCACCACGACAGCCUCCACAACAACGCAUUGAUGCUGGGUCUCAGGCGAAGCCUAUUUCCAACAGCCAUGCCCAGAGGCCGAGAAGUCCACGUCGACGGAGUCCGCAAGGCCAUGGACGAGGGCAGCAGAAGUUCGAACAUGUUACCCGUGACGAGCACAAGCCGAACACUGGGUCCGAAGAAGAGCUUGUCUAUGUACUCACACUCAAGUUGACGGACUCAUUGGCAAAGCCAAUGAACUCGAUGCGCGAGCAGUACUUUCCAAAGAGACUCAAUCGAACUCCUGCUCAUCUGACAUUGUUCCAUGCGCUUCCCGACUCUCGAUUCGCGGCCAUUGAGAGCGGACUGUCGCAGCUAUCUGCCAACACAAAACCGUUCCUCGUCUCGACUGGAAAGCCGUUUCGAAUGCGCCUUGGCGUCGGUAUCAAUGUCGGAAAAGGAUACAACAGGAUGAAGCAGGUACACGAAGAUCUAAGAUCGCAAUGGAUGCCCCACUUGAGCGAGCAGGAUCAAGGAGGAUGGCGUCCGCACUGGACAGUUAUGAACAAGGUCAACGAGGAGAGAAAGGUCGAUGAAGCAUUCCAAGCUGCUGAAAAAGAGAUACUCCAAAACGUCAGAGAAGGGCAGGCGAUUGGUCUCGACCUGUGGCGAUAUGAGAAGGGUAACUGGAUAUUCGCCAAUGAGUACAAAUUCAAGGGUCCUUGA